CGCCUGCAGGGGGGGGGCGCUCCCUGCGCCGCCGGGGCGCUGGCAGGGCCCCCGGGCCGCCCACCGCCUUCCCCCCCCGCCCGCUGCCCGCCGGGGCCGCGCUGCCUCGGCGCCAGCUCCUCCUCCGCGCCGGCAGAGGGCGGCCCCGCGGCGGCGCCCUGCGGAGGCGGGCGGCGGCCAUGGCCGUGCUGCUGGAGACCACGCUGGGCGAUCUGGUGAUCGACCUGUACACGGAGGAGCGGCCCCGCGCUUGUCUGAAUUUUCUGAAGCUCUGCAAAGUCAAGUACUACAACUAUUGUCUUAUUUAUAAUGUACAGAGGGAUUUUAUUAUACAAACUGGUGACCCCAUGGGGACUGGCCGUGGAGGGGAAUCCAUAUUUUGUCAACUGUAUGGUGAUCAAGCUAGAUUUUUUGAGGCAGAAAAAGCACCGAGAAUCAAGCACAAGAAGAAGGGAACUGUGUCAAUGGUGAAUAAUGGCAAUGAUCAGCAUGGAUCGCAGUUUCUCAUUACUACAGGGGAAAACCUGGAUUACCUUGAUGGUGUGCAUACAGUAUUUGGAGAAGUGACAGAAGGCAUGGACGUAUUGAAGACAAUUAAUGAAACCUUUGUAGAUAAGGAUUUUAUCCCAUAUCAAGAUAUCAGGAUAAAUCAUACAGUAAUUUUGGAUGAUCCAUUUGAAGAUCCACCUGGCUUGUCUGUUCCUGAUCGCUCACCAGAACCUACUAAGGAACAGCUAGAUAGUGGCAGAAUAGGAGCAGACGAAGAAAUUGAUGACUUGAAAGGACGAUCUGCAGAUGAAAUAGAAGAAGUGCAGGCAGAAAAAGAAGCAAAAACUCGUGCCAUUCUUUUGGAAAUGGUGGGAGAUUUACCAGAUGCAGAGGUCAAGCCACCAGAAAAUGUGCUGUUUGUUUGUAAAUUGAAUCCUGUGACGACAGAUGAAGAUCUAGAGAUAAUAUUUUCACGAUUUGGUCCCAUUAAAAGCUGUGAAGUGAUCAGAGACUGGAAGACUGGUGAAUCUCUUUGUUAUGCUUUCAUUGAGUUUGAAAAGGAGGAGGACUGUGAGAAAGCCUACUUCAAAAUGGACAAUGUGCUGAUAGAUGACAGGCGGAUACACGUGGAUUUUAGCCAGUCUGUUGCAAAGAUUAAGUGGAAGGGAAAAGGUGGGCGGUAUACCAAGGAUGAUUUCAGAGAGUAUGAAAAGGAACGUGACAAACCUUCAAAACUUACUCUGAAAGAGAAGGUAAAACCAAAGCAGGAUGCUAAGUAUGACCUUGUGCUGGAUGAGGAUAUAGAAGAGUCUCAAACAAGUCAGUCACACUUGGCUAAAAAACAAAAGAAGAAAAAGCACCACCACUCUGAAGAUGAAGAGGAUGACAAGAGGACCAAAAAAUCUAAGGAUUCUGAUCGGAAAUAUGAAGAACGCUGUAGAGAGAAGAUGAGGAGUGAGAAGAAAGACAGGCAUCGGAGUCGCAGCCGAUCUCAAGAGAGAGACUACACUUACAGCAAACAAAAAGACAAAUACAAAGACGACUACCGAACAAGAGACUGGGAUAAAAAAGCAGACAGAAGCAGAAGUCCUAAGAAAUCGAAAGACAAAGAAAGGUCCAAGUACAGAUGAAGGGCAAGGAAAAGAGAGAGGGGAACUAAAAUAUAUUUUUCUUCAUUCAUUCUCUCAAAUGGAUGUACAGUGACUGGAUAAAAGCAGUUGCCUUCUGUCGGCAGCUUGGCCUUAUAAUUCUGUGAGUGCCCAGUGUAUGACUGCUGGAGUAAGCCUUGAUUCCAAAAAGGUGAUUUCAAUAAAGUAUUUCACGUUAGUGAAA